AACCAUAUUUAUUUAAAUCAUAUUGUCAUAUUAAAUCAACCUAUUAUGGACCAGGAGGGACCCAGGAGUGUGUAUAAUGAACAAUUUUAUGAAUUCAUCGAGCCUAUUGUAUUAAAUGAUCAAUUCUGGGCCCAACUCGGUGAACACCCAUGCGCCUAUCUGUUGCCAAAUGUCCAGAGAUUCGCGGACAACCCUACGGCCCAAAAGUGUCGCAUAUUUGGCGAGUUCACCAUGGUCAGGGACAACGCUAACCAACUGGCUACCGCGCUAGAACAAUCUGGACUUCCAGCCAAUCACACGGCGGGGCAACAAUUGCGCCAGUUCAAUCUGUCGGAAGUAGCAUGGCCAUAUUCGGAGGAAAUUGAGCUCACAGUAACGCCGGCUCGAGCCCUACGCUCGCACACAAGCAAACAACUAGACAUGGCGUCCAACCCGAGGGGUGUGGCCAUCAUUAUUGUUACCGAACCCGAUCUGUACCUCGAAGCUGACCGAUUCGGGUCAAUUUUUCAACAAUUACUGUUUACGCCGGCUAUUCAUCGGGGACUAACCCGCGACCAGAUUGUGAACGUUUUGGCCGCUGUGGCCAAUUCUAGGGAGAAGUAUAAGGCCGAUGCGUUUAUCAUGAUGUUUAUUGGUCACGGCGUUAACGAGAGUAUCAUUGGGUGCUCAGCGCAACCGCCGGCGCCGAGCGAUGAGCUGCCCAUUAGGGAUAUAGUGGCCAUGUUUUCCGAUCGCAAUAGCCGUGCGUUACGCCAAAAGACCAAACUCGUUGUAUUCAACUGUUGCCGCGAGAAAGAGGCGCAAGCGGCCAAAGUGAAGCCGGGUGCUAUUGCUGUUAACGUGGCAAACAAUAAAUGCGUAAACUGCCGUGGUCGUUUGGUGUGCACAAAGUGCGAAACAUCCCUGAUAGACACACUCACCUUCUUGGAUUCUACAUGGAAAAAUGAAAACAAGCAAACCCACGUGAUAUACGCUUGUGCUGAGGCAAACGUGGCUCGACCAGGUAAACGGCCCAUUGGUCACGUGAGUGUAUUGGGUCAGGCGCUAAGUCAUACCAUAGCGCAGUACUCGUGGUAUAAGAACGUGUAUCAGCUCUUUGUUAUGACUGUCGACAGAAUAGAGAAAGAGUAUGGGAUCGAACAUCGGCCGGAAAUCAACAUGUUUGCAGUGAAUAAAGAGCUUUAUUUUAACCCUGGUCAAUAUAGAGCUGAUGAUGAUGUGUAUUUUUAUUAA